ACUUGGGCUAGCCUCCAGUUAGCACAUACCCUAGACCCAAAUAGCUAGCCAGCUAGCCGAAGGAGGCUAAUAUCUCCUCCUCACAAAAUUGGGACGACAGUAGGCUGUUUCACAAAUUAAUAAUUCAUAAAUACUACUCGUGCUCUUAGUGGGUGUUUUGAAUUGUCUUCAUGCCUCCCACCUGCCGUGUUGUGAGGAAACGGAGGUGUUAUAAAGCAGUGAAAUAUACCGGCUGUAGCUGAAAACUGCAGCGGGCUAACGGCUGUUAGCUCCGGAGCUGCUGCGAGUAAGGCGGCCAGCCAGGCAACCAUUACUGGCGGAGAGGCUCCAGGACGCCGGCUACCUGCGUCAAUCUGUUGUCAUAAUAGGUAGGUUUGCCUCCCUUUACUUUCGUAGCUGAUAGUAAACUUUAAACUCAGUCUAAGUUGGCCAGGGUUUGACUUUUUUCUGCUGCCCGAAAUGUGAAGUUAAGGUUAGAAGAAUAGCCAUCUUCUUUCAUGCCAGAGUACCUAAAUUCUCCCAAAGCACUGUGUUUUUCUCACCCAGAUUUGGCCAGUUGUAUCAUUUAUUCAAUAGUUCAAAAAAUUCUGAAAUGUUACACAUAGGGGGGGUUUUAACAGUGUUUUAAAACUGUAAAUAUGGCUGACAUUUUACUCCCGAAAUAGGGACAGUGAUCUGUUGAGCCCGUGGUAUACUGUAAUCUGAUUGGCUCUUUGGCAUGUCGGUCUAACUUUCCUGUAAACUGAUUGGAUGCGCCCGUUUUGUUGUGGCUAGCCCUGAUAGUAGUUGCCAGCAGUGUGAGAUAAAGUCACGAAAAAUCUAUAGCUAUUUUUUUCCCUCGUCAGUUCUCUAUAAUGUUUUUUUUUUAAACAGCUAUGACUAACUUUCAGUUUGACAGUUGAUAUCUUUCAAUGCCUUGGUAUGUGCUCUUGGUUUCUUGAGAUGAAUGAGCUUGACUUCUUACUCAUUAAGGCGUGUGAAGGAAUGUGUCACACUUAAUUGAAUAUUGACUUCACCUACAACACUGUAAUGCAAAGUAAAAGGCAUCGAAGAUGAUUUAGUUAAAUUGAGUUGAUGAAGAAGUUCAAAGUUCAGCUGGCACAUCUCUGGCCCAUUUUGGCAUUAAAAUUAUAAUCCAUAUUCCAUGAAAAUCUAAAAAAUUCAUUAUGUCACUGGAUGGGGAUUGACAUGAUAGAGUUUAAAUUAAAAAUAAUAAUUAAAAAAAUAAACAAUGUAGUUGAUUACUGAAAAGUAAAGAUUACACUGAAAAACUCUCAACAACGUUCUAAUUGGAGUCGUUUUCAGCAACGACAUAAGUUUUAGGAGAUUUAUAUUUUGCUGCAUUUGAAAUUGAGGAUUUUUUUUUUAAAUCAGCAAACAAACAAUUAUUAAAAAAUGAUAUUGGUGAUAAGUUCGGCCUUCCCAAUGCUCAUGUGUCACAGGGGUUUGGAGUACUGUGCUCCUCUUUUCCUUAUCCUACAUAUAGUGAAUAGUCACAGUGAAGUAAAUCUCUGUUGCCUGCAACUGCAACUAUCUGUAGUGAUGGCAAGGCUGUGAUGUAUCCACUUGGUUUUCAAUACCUCUGUGCGUUGCUUCAUAGAGGUUGAGAAUUACCUUGGUGCAGAAAAUUGUGCAGAGGAACAGGAGCAUUUUCAUUAGUGAUGAAAGCCCAUUUCUCCAUCCAAUAAAAACAGCCACAUAUAUUCAGCAAGGAAAACCUCCACUGCCUUUAUCAUAUUUUUGUGUUUCCCUGAGCCAGUGGGGCAUACAUGAUAACACAGCAAGGAACUAUUGCUUUUUGGAUGACAGUGUUACCUGUUCAGGUACCUCGCUUCCAGACAGUUAUACCGCUCAAUGACGGCACUGCUGAGUCAUGUUGAAAGUGUUUUUUUUUUUUUUUAUUAGAGCAGGCAGCACAUGUAUAAUCAUAUCUGCAGACAGCAUUUUUUUGUUUGUUUUUUAUUUACCAUACCACAGAUUUAAAAGACAGCAAUGCUUCCUUAUCUCUUCCACUGCUGGAGGCUUACCAUGUUAUUAUGUUUUUAUUUAUUAUUUGUAAAAUCUGAUUACAGUAUUGUAAGCACCCCCCAGUUACAGGCCUGAAUGAUUAAUGUAUCCUUGGAAGGAUGUGGACUCAAAGGGACUCAAAAACAGAGUAAAUUCAGAGAGGAAGAAGAGGCAUAGAUGCUAUUUAUACCCAAAACCAAAAACACAGCAGUUCACAUAUCAAACUAGGGAUGCUAUUUCAAAUUAUAUUGAGAGUUGUCGCAUCACAGUAUGAACAGUUUGAAGGAUUGGGACAUGGCAAACUUCCAUAAUCUACUGUAGGAUUAUUUAUUACUUAUUCUUUCAAAAAAAGUCCCAAGCAUUCACUUUUUUUAUUUGAAGUCUGACAUCUCAUUUUCCUCUUAAUAACUCUUUCUUGUCUAAACCAACAGGAGGGACAGUGAGAUUGGUGGCCUAUGAGGAAGCCACGUCGAAAAGGCCAAGUGGCUGCAAGUGGAGGUGGGGAAGAUGUCAAAAAGUCUAAUGGGACAGUUGGUGGGCGUGGGGGCGCCCGCCAGCGGUCCCCCUCCCCGUAUAGUCUCAAGGCAUCUCCAAGCAGAGAAACCCUCUCUUACGCCCAGGCCCAGAAGGUGGUGGAGGUUGAACUGGAUGGUAGGCUCCACCGCAUUUCUAUUCUGGAGCCCUUGGAGGUCAUCACUGAAGAUGAGAUGAAGGCUCAGGACAUUAGUGAGUGUAACAGUAACAAGGAGAACAGUGAGCAGCCAUCACCUCCCACCAGCAGUGCCCAAACAGCCCGUAAACCAUCCACACCCCGAGGCCGCAGGAGAGACUCCAAAUGUCCUCCUAUCAAGUCGCCCCCACCUUCUAAGAACCACUGUUCUAAAUCUCAUCCACCAACACCUGAAAAGGUAAACACGUCACACCAUCACCACAUGACCCUCCCUGAACCCAAGUUUCGUGUGCUGGAAACCUUUACACCAGUUGAGGCAGAACCGCUUCCUACUGCGUAUUACCGUUACAUUGAACGUGCUGCAGAGGAGCAGGAAAACGAGGCAGAAUAUGACAUGGAUGAAGAGGACAGCGCCUGGUUGGACAUGGUGAAUGCCGGUCGGACGUCAGAGGGCUACACAGCUGUUUCCCAGGACACCUUUGAGCUGCUGGUGGACCGCCUGGAGGAGGAGGCGUACCGGGAAGCUCGUAGUCGGGCUCCCUCUCAGAGUACCAUAGACGAUGAUGCCUUCUGCUGUGUGUGCCUGGAUGACGAGUGCCUCAACAGCAAUGUCAUCCUUUUCUGCGACUCCUGCAACCUAGCUGUGCACCAGGAGUGUUACGGGGUCCCCUACAUACCUGAGGGCCAGUGGCUGUGCCGCUGCUGCCUCCAGUCCCCUCAGAAACCUGUUGACUGUGUUCUGUGUCCAAACCGUGGCGGCGCCUUCAAGCAGACCAGUGAAGGCCGCUGGGCUCAUGUGGUCUGUGCAAUAUGGAUUCCUGAAGUCUGCUUUGCAAAUACAGUUUUUCUAGAACCAGUGGAAGGGGUCAAUAACAUUCCCACAGCACGCUGGAAACUGACCUGCUACCUGUGCAAGCAGAAAGGCUGUGGCGCGUCGAUUCAGUGUCACAAAGCGAACUGCUACACUGCGUUUCAUGUCACAUGUGCUCAGCGCGCAGGACUCUUUAUGAAGAUAGAUCCUGUGCGAGAGACAAAUGUCAAUGGGACCACCUUCUCGGUAAAGAAGACAGCAUUCUGUGAGGCCCAUUCACCACCAGGACAAGAGAGUGCCUCAGAUGAGGAGAGUGAAGGAAGAGUAGUGGGCAGCAGAGGGAGGGCUAGUAGAGGAAGAAGCGCCUACACAGGUCCUGUAACGCCGAAAAAAGGCAGAAAGUCUGAGGAUGAUGCCAAGACGGACAAAAAGAAAGGGAAAAAGGGCACAGAGACCACAGCACAACACACCACUUCACCACAAGUGACAGUGCCUCAGAUACCCACGAGCAGGUUAGAGUUCCUGUUUUUAUAAAUCAGAAAAGUCAAAUGUGCUUAUUUCUCAGUAUUUGAAUCGUGACCUUUUUUUUGUUGUUUUGUUUAUUUGCCUAAACAUUUUCACCACAGAUUCUUGAACAUUUCUGGGGAAACCCAACUUAAUACAAACAUCUAACAACUUAAUUAACAAGAUGCUAUUUGUUGGAGGGUUUUUGUUGUAUUUGUCAUUCAGUUAAAUUGAACACAAGUGUCCUACAGUUUUCAAAAACACACAAAUCAUUCUCUUGGAGAUGCCUGAGCUUUUGUCUAUGACUGUUUAAGACCCUCUUGGAUCCUCUUGUUUUUCCUAGGCUUAAUACUAUAUGCAAAGGAAUCCUAUUCCAGAGGAAAAACCAGUUCAUGCAAAGACUGCACAACUACUGGUUACUGAAGCGCCGGUCGAGGAAUGGUGUGCCGCUGGUUCGGCGUUUGCACUCAAAUGUCCAGUCCCAAAGGAAUACUGAACAGGUCAGGGAAGGAAAACAGAUCUGCUGCCUUUGCAGUCUGUGCUUGUACUCACAGCUGCAAAGUUAAUUUUAAUGGUGUUCAACACAACAAAGUAUUUAUGAAACUAGACUUCAAAUGCAUUUCUCAAAGUGUUUUCACAAUGAAGCUUCUAAUAAUUUGUUGUACUUUGUAGCCUGAGGUGGACGAGAAGGUUUCAGCUGCCAGAGAAGCACUGAGAUACUGGCAGAAGCUGCGCCAUGACCUGGAGAAAGCUCGCCUACUGGUUGAACUCAUACGCAAGAGGGAGAAACUGAAAAGAGAGCAGGUAACUCUUCAACAUGCUUCAACAUGUUCAGACUAGCUGUAUUUUAUAUUCAGACUUGUAAAGUAACACUUUACAGUGUACACAGUACACAGUACACUUCACACACAGUGAAAAGUUCUGUACAAAGUUAAUUUAACAUAAAUUGCUCACAGGUCAGGUUUUCAUAUUGAUUCUCUUCCUUCUGGCAUUUGGCAGCCUGUGAAAAUGUUUUCUGAAUUCUUAUUGUAGUGGAAAGUUUAACUCAUGUUAACACAGCAUGCAAAUUUCCCUGACAUCUACAGGUCAAAAUUCACCAAGCAGCUUUGGAGCUGCAGUUGACCCCUAUGCUGGUGCUACUCCGCUCAACCCUGGAGCAGCUGCAGGAGAAGGACACGGGCCAGAUCUUUGCAGAGCCAGUCGACAUCAAGGAGGUCAGACACAUCACUGACAAAAUGUAUUCUUUAUUGAGCUUUCAAAUAUUUUAUUAAAACCUACCAGAUUUUACAUGAAACUUUCUCUGCUAUCACAAAGAUGUUAGAUGGAAAGUUGUUAUAAUUAAAACACAACUACACCCAAAAUAUAGCCACUGAAUUUACCUGUGGAAAACAGUCAAUUAAACUAAUAAUUAGGGCAAGAGAAAGCGCUCUUCUGAGGUCCACUCAUUAUUGGAGCCUGUGACAAUAUUUAAACUCUGUACUCGGUGUAACUCUUGCAUCCUUCAAGUUGAUAGAUGAUUUACCUGGGGGUGUUUGUGUCCAUGUAAGCUGUAGAGGUGUCCCAACAAUGAAUCACUUUUUAAUGUCUGUAUGAAAAACUGUAUUUAGGGACCAGGGUGCUCAAGUAUAAGACAUGAGAAGAAAGUCUAACAGGAGUGCUGCGAGUCAAACAUGUACUGUGUUUUCUUACUUGGUCAGGUCUAUUUUUCACUUUGUGUCCAUUACUGAUCAGUAAGUUUUGGAGUUCUGCCUGUUCUUUAGGUCCCAGACUACCUGGAGUUCAUCAGCCAGCCAAUGGAUUUUUCCACAAUGCUCUCCAAGCUGGAAAGUCACGCUUACCGCUCAGUGUCCGACCUGGAGGCUGACUUCAACUUGAUGGUGUCAAACUGCCUCCUCUACAACAACAAGGACACAGUCUUCCACCGGGCGGCGCUGCGUCUUCGAGACUUGGGAGGAGCCAUACUGCGUCAUGCCCAACGACAAGCUACCAACACUGGCCUGGACCUUGAUACAGGAAUGCUCCUCCCGGUCUCACCGCAGAAAAGAGACUUUUACAGCUGCACCUGGGAGGACAGUAAGUCACAGUUGUGAUACUGAACAGGAAAUUUUAUAUACAUGAUUGUGCUUAGGGGAUUCUACACUAUCCGAGAUUUUGAGAGUCUGGAUUAACAAGUAUUUUGCAUUUGUCCAGUUUAAAAAAAAAAACUAGUUGAACAAAUUAAAUGUAAUUUACAAGUCAUCACAAAAGUAAGUUGAAGACAAGACACAGUUAAUAUGUAAACUUAAAGCUAUGGUCUAUGAUCUGAAAACCAGUUUGGCUGUUGAGACAGAUUUGAAAAACGCAGCCUGCCCACCCUUCACUCACCCCUCCCCUCUGUGUUCCAAGAUCCCCCCCAGCUCGUGUCGCCUCCUAACAACACGCCCCAACCGAUAAAGCAAGAAGCCGGUCGGCAGAAAAUAUCAGCAGCAAAGCUAGCUUCGAAAACAACUCAGGAUGUAUCUGAUGCAGAUAAAAUUGUCGAGGCUGCUGGGGCCGGUGGUCUCUGGAAUCCGACCUUCAUUGGAGUUGAAGCGAAAUGAGAUUUCUCAUUGCAGAAAAUAACAAACUCAACAGUCAUCCCCCCUGUAACACACAGUGGUAGCCAUUUCAAUUGGACCAGCGCGAUCAAAACCACAUAUUAGCGGGGCGAAGCGGGUCUGGCAUUGCCACUGCUAGCUGGUCAUAGGAGCCGAUUGUAGGUGAGGCUUUACCUUUCUCGGCGUGUCUUCACCAGCUCAGUUUACAAUGCAUCAGAUGCAUGGCUAACUUGUGCUAAAAUCUAUUGACAGAGCCUACCCGUUCCGACCAACAACGUUCAGUCAUUAGCCAGUAUAGGCACAGACUAACCAGAGUUAUUCAGCAGACAUCUCCCACUGUAGUAAACAAAGUUAUUACCUGUUCAACAGAAAUUCAGCUGUCUCAGUUUUCAGUCCCAAAUCCUUCUGCAGCUUUUUCCACCGGUCGUACGUUUCUCCGAUGUAGACUCUCCGUUGGCACCUGUAUCGCCCAUGUUUCUUCCUUACUUCAGCCUUUCCUCGAAACUUUUACAUUUCCUUCCCUUCGAUGUGGAGGGUAACAGAAGCAGCCCCCUAGUUUCGGUGUUUGUCUUCUCCAGGUCCAUUACGCUUCAGCAGCUGUGCAGCUUGCUAAUGACAUGUACGUGAGGGAGGUAGUGGGGAGGAGGGGGGACCAUGGGCGGGAUGGUGCGGAGCAGGGUAGACAGGGGAUUGGACAGACUCACGGACCACUCCGAACUGCCGGGGUUACGGCGGUUUGGAUUGGUCAAUUAUUAUGCCUUUUUGCAGCAGAUAUACUAAAUGGAUUUUUUCCGUUCUUUUUUAUCUUUAUAUUGCGUAGAUCGGACCAUAGGACCAUAACGGCCUUAUAAACGAUGUUAUUGAUAAGUACCAAGAUUCCAAAUGGUAGACCAUAGCUUUAAUAUAUAAGAAUAUUUAUUCUAUGAAUGAUGUCACAUGAUUAAAGAGGGAGGGUUGCAGUCUGUAUUUGGGCCCUGAGAUGUAACUACUAGUCCAAACUGUCACCUCAAGUAAUUUGUUCAGUUUUCCAUUCACCGAACCACAGCUGUCACAGUGUCAUUCAAUGGGAAACACUGGCGUUCUCUUCAUCGUAAUCAUAUUACAGUUUACAUUCAGUUAGGUCUGAAUAUUUUCAGCUCAGAUUCUGUUUUAGAUUUGAUUAAAUCUGGUAUGCUAUUUCAAAUGUGAUAAAAAUAUUUUUCAUUUAAGCUGAGAACCAAAUCUCUCUCAAACAUGACUACAGUUGCUUCUGUUUCAAUGGGGAGUCAUUAGGAGGAGUCAGAGGUCUGUUUUUUUAGGCUAAUCUCAGCUCAGAUUGUGCAUUCUCCAAUUAUGAACAGAAUGUGUGGCCAUCAGUAUCACGUUGCAGAUUGCAUAUUUCAGUAGAGCUUUUAAACUGGUACUUUAUUAAGUAUUUACAUUUAACUGUUUUGUAUUGGGCUGACUAAAACUGAUAACAUGAUUAAACAGCACAAUGCAUAUCCAUAACAUUAGGAUAUGUUAAAAAAUGUAUCCACCUCAUUUUCAAACACACAUGGUGCAGAAUAUCAAAAAUACCUUUCAUUAAAAUGUGCACAGAUUCAAGGAGUCUGAUCUAAAGAAUAAUGGCACUAUUAAGUACUAGGGGUAGGAGAAAAAAUCAAUUCAGCAUAGUAUCGCAAUAUUUUGUCUGGUGAUAUAUCGUAAUCUCUCAUUGACCCAAGUAUCGAUUUUUCAAGUUAAUUGCUAAUAUGAAGUCAAAUCUGUGAUAAUGGAAAAAUAAAAUAAACUGUUUUUCCAGUGAGGUUGGCAGAGGUGACAUCACAGAGCAGGAGAAAGCUAGUACAACAAAUGGGUUUGCAAGACAUGAAACAUGAAAAUAAAAUACUGUGUAAAUAAAACAAACAUAAAGAAAAGACAAAUGCUAAAGUAGCUAAACAGUUGAAAAAAUUGUAUGAAUUGCAGUGUAUUGUAUCAUAAUACCUACUAUAUUGCUGUACAUUUGUAAAUGUUACAAAUCGCAAUAAUAUUGUAUCGUGCCCCAAGUAUCGUGAUAAUAUUGUAUUGUGAGGCCACUAGUGAUUCCCACCCCUAUUGAGUGCUGAAGCUAGUUUAAUACAAGAGUUUGACUCGUGUUACAAACAUUAACGGCAGCAGUAAGUCUUCAUUUGUUGCGCAUAUGUAAAACAUGUGUGCCAGCUUCACUGUCAUCCCUGUCUUCUUUUGCUGUGUCCAGUUGACAGCGUCUUGGACCCCAACAACCGACUUCACAUGACUGUAGAGGAGCAGCUUAAGGAGCUUUUAGAGAAACUGGACUACGUCACCUCCAUGAGAUGCAGCGGCGCACGGACAAAAAGAAUCCGCCUGCUUCGUCGUGAGAUCAACAGCAUCCGCAGACAGGGACAAAACCCUCGCCACAGCCUUCACAAUGGGCAUCUGAGGGAUGAAGAUGACGACGACGAGGAGGAUGAUGAGGACGAGGACGAGGAGAAAGACACCAAGGCCGAUAACGGCCUGUUGUCCUCAGAUAAAGGUGGGUGACAAAAAGCCCGGAUGUUCCAACAGUAUGAAAUUGCCAAUGCAUGAAGCUUUGAAGCCUCUUUUUGAAAUGAGACCAGUUGUGAACAUAAGCUAACGGAACAUUGUCCUCAGGUAAUUGAGCCAGGGUCCCCCCCACGCACCAACCCCAACCACCCCACUGUCUUCAGUCUAGUAAGUAGGGGCCCACAGAGUCUUGUUAGCCAUGGCUGCCUCACAACUCCUCUCUCCCAGUGCACUCUAUGUCUGCACCUCUUUUUUACAUCACUCUCAUGGACUCACCACUCUCCAUUGGCCACAUAGUCAUGCCAUACCAUCCCACUUCAGACCGCAGGAUAGGCCAGUCAAACAGUUUCUUGCUGUGUAGAGGAGGGCAACACAACGCCUCUGCUCUGUGUCAGCUGAGCUGUAAUGAUGCCGUGUUACCAGGAUGCGGGUAUACAGCUGUGAGAGCAAAGUUAUCUCCUCACUCGUCUUGAUCAGGUCUUCCAUAUCUACAGAAUACCUCACCGCCCUCUGGGCUGUGGUCAGACUGUCAGAACUCAAUGUAGCUCAUUCUGAAAUGACACCAUUUUCCAGUGUGAAUACAACGCCACAUUACACUGCAUACUAAAUGGGCAUUCGCUUUUAAACAAAGGCUGAAUGAAAUUGAGUUUUAUUUCUCUCCUUUCAACUUCCAGAAGAUCUUAAAUCCACAUCACCGCCCACACUGGAACCUACAGGUCCUGCUCCACCUCCACGACAGGGGGACACGCCUCUAGAGCCGCCCACCCUGCGGCCAAUCACAGGGGAGUCCCAGCCCCCCAGCUGGCCCUGCAAACGCCUAAAGCUGGAUGGAGACCUCUCGGACAGCACCACAGAGAACAAUAAUUGCACUAAAGUGAAGGAGCAGCCAGCGACACCACCUCCCAUUUUGCACAGCGAAGGACCAGCAGUGGCAAACGGUCUGCCAGAGCUCAGUACCCCCCCACGGCCCACCACAGGAGGGGUGGGACGUAGAACCUCUGUGCUGUUCAAGAAGGCCAAAAACGGAGCUAAGCUGUUCAGAGAGAGGGACAGUCUUUUGCUGAAUGGAAAGGGACCUCAAGACAGCAACAUGAGCAGCACCUCUUCUGCACCCAACUCUGCAGCAAGUACCCCUUCCUCCACACCCCUGUCCACUCCAUCCAAGACCCCACAGAAAAGUCCUGGACCACCCACUAUCAACAAGAAAUGUUCGCCCCCUCGGGAAAUGUGUUCGGAUAGUGAGCAAGAGAAGACAUCGAAUCAUACACUGGAAAGUGGUGAGGACCUUUCAUCUCUUAACUCACAUUAGACCCGAUCACUCAGGGUGAUGUUGUCAGACAGAGGGCAUUCAUUAUGGUGUGAUCAUAUAAGGAUAAUAUUUCACUAAGACUGCUGUAGGGUUGAAUGACAUAACAGUUCAAACUUCAUCAAGCCAGCGACCUACAUAGUAAACGACUAGACUACUGUGCCUCAUGUGAAACUUUGUCUGUCUCAACAUGUGAAACCAAAACUGAACUAUGGCAGUUGGCUGAGGUGUCAAAGUCAGAGCAAAGUCGAAUGAUUUACAGAUAUUUUGGCUGCAACAAUAAUCUCAGCCUGAUUAUAUGAUAUCCAAAUUCAAACCUUUAUGUUUAUUCAGGUGUCUAAUGAUUAUGACUGAAUAGGCAGGCUAUAAAUAUUUACGCAAAAGCCAUUGGAAAAUCUACUCAAAAUGUUGAUCUUGGUUGCACUUGUAUCACCAUAAUUUCCCAGGAGCAAAAAUAAUGUUCAGACGCAGCAUAUGAUCAGAAACUCAUGCUCACAUCAAUGAAAUGUUUAUUAGUCGUUUCUCAGACUGUUGAUUCUUGGCUUAAUGGAUUGAGGGUGAGAACAUACUGAUCCCAAAGAAAGAGCUCCUGGGCACCCGUAGUCGGGCAUUUUUCUUUUUGGUACAACAGUGCACCCCAGGAAGAAUAGUCUCCACCAUGGUAUAGACUAAUGGGGAUCCUUAAUAAACUAACUAACUAACUAACUGCACACAAAGACCAACAUUUCAUCUACAGGAAUGGUACGGUGGAUGAAAUUUUCCCACAAUAGAGAGUAUUGAUCAAAAACAAAAUGGGCUUAUUUCCACUGAUUUAUCAUCAGUAAGCCAGUUGAAGUGAUAGCAGUGUUUCUGCAGAGAGUCUGCUGUCUCUCAGCAUUUCCAAACUUUAGUAUUUUGGACUUUUCAUGGUGUUAAUCAUUGUGCUGUGAGAAGCUCCCCGUCACCUGUCUACAGGAAACAACAGUUAGAUAAUAUAUAAGGCCCAGGUGUCUCUCCCCUCUGCUCUCCCUCCGUCUGUGCCAGACAUAAACCUUAAAGGUGCCUGCUCCCAAAAUGCUGAAAGGACUCAAUAAACCGUCUGUGUUGCUGACCUGUAAAUCAGAGCAGUAUGAGGCUCUCAGAGCAGAAUGCUAUAGAGGCACACACACACUGAAAACAGGGUGCAGUGCUGCAGACAAGCUAAAUCCAGCACCUCUGCAGGUUUGCAUGGAGUUGUGGACUGUUUAGCCGUUUCAUUAAUUUAUAACUUUCGUCUUUUAUUCACUUCCUGUACAGUUUGAAGAGCACUGCUGCUCUUUCUGUUUCUCACAGCAGCUUUAGGUUGAAAAUAUAAAAUGUAGACCUGUUAACUACUACUGAACAUUAAACUGACAGACAGAUAUUGUAUCAUUUUUUCAAGCCUGUGGCAAGGGAAGAUAUUGAAGUAUCAAAAAAAGAGGUUUUCUAAGCAAAGAGAGGACCUGAUACAAGCUGAGACUAAUGCCCCACAGACAGGAGCUCCCUGGGAAAAGUGCUUUAAAGGUUUAUAAAGAGAGUUAAGUCAUGAAAUAGGAAGUCUGAUAGAACCUGCUGACUUUUCAUCUGUGAUUAUCUACCAGUUCAGGCCUCUCAAUUGUCAAGAUUCAAUCGAUGAAGGUGUCAGACAGUAUGGUGUCUAGAAAAAGACAAUUUAAAUUCUUACAGAGAUAGAGAAGACUGAGACUCAAGGUGCUUCAUGUUGGUUCCUAUCUCUGUUUCAAAGGAAACAAAGCAUGCCACCUGAUCUCAGCACAGGAACUUGUUUCUUUUUGCUGCACCUGAUCAACAAAACAAGCCAGCACACUACUCCUGAAUCCCUCAUUGUCUGUGAUUGUUGUGUUUUUUUUGGUCCAGACUCUUUGUUGUUUUAGCCUUUGGGGUUUUGGUUUUGGGGUUUUAUUUAUUGUGACGGAGAUAAUCCAAGACGUCUUUGCUUUAAUUUCUUUUAUCCUGCCAGUUUUCCUUAUGAUCUUGUUUCUUUGCAGGCAGCUUAUCUGUCAUUUCUUUCUUUUCCUUUCAGGACUGACCAACGGCUUCAAUAAGCACAAAGACGGCGGGUCCGACUCUGAGUACAGCCCUUGUCCAGUCCUUCACAAAGAGAUGUAAGACAUUGGAUCAGUUUCCAGUGGAUGUUUGUUUGUUUAAAGUGAUGAUUGCCAAUACAUUGACAGUAUAACUCAAUGUCUUGCAGCAGCUCGCCUCCCAAACGAAGCCUCGGAAAACCAGCUCUCUCCAAAGUUCCCUUCCUGGACAUCAUCAACGGAGACUCCGACUACACAGGUAUGAUUGUUUUUUAUUUGUGCACUUUCUUCAGGCAAAAGCUGCAGCAUCUUUAUGAAAAUAUGCACCCUCAAGUCUCUUUAUUUUCCUGGUAUUAAUUCAGUUUUUCAACAAUUGCUGUUUUUUUAGGGAACGGUAGCCAAGCGUGUGAGGAUGAUUCAGAGCUGGAGCCACUGGAACUGGUGUGGGCCAAGUGUCGGGGGUAUCCCUCCUAUCCUGCUCUGGUAACCCCUUAUUCUACCUGAUAUUACUGAAACACAACUUAAUCUAUGCCUUUGAACAGGUGGCAGGACCCCGUUUACUGGAGGUCUACAUCUAGUUUAGAUUAACCUUUAUUUUACUUGUUAUCUUUUGCAGUAAAAGGCUCUGUUGUGUUUUCAGAGCUUCUUGCUUUCAAACUUCAUGUUUUGUUGGCGGCGUGUGUUUUGUUGUGAAAUCAUCAAUCUUCUAAAAUAUUUCCAAGUAGCUGAUUUAGUCCAGAGACAGAAGUUAGUGCCCUCUUCAUCUUUAUUCGACUGUUUGCUUUUAUCUGUCAGACAUGUGGUAGAAUACAAAGUCGCAGAUGGGCCGUAAAAUCCAUGUUCAAGUUUUUCUUUAAGGUGACGCCUUGGCUCCAUGUUUCCUCUCUCCACGGGUAAUAUUGGAGUGCGGAGUCUUGAUUUAAUACAUGUUUACAGAUUGAUGUCAGACAGCAUCUCCCAUCAAACCACAGUUUGAGAAAUUUAAAGUUUAACAGUCAGGCCCUGGGGCCACUGGACAUCUGUUUGCAGUGCUAGAAACAGAAGUAAAUAUCCUUCCAGGCUGACUUUGUGUUUGUCUCAGGUCAUUGACCCAGAGAUGCCCGAGGAGGGCCUGCUGCACAACGGGGUGCCCAUCCCUGUCCCACCCAAAGAAGUCCUCCAUCUGGGGGAGCAGAGGCAGGAGGAGAUGAACGAGAGGCUCUACCUGGUGCUCUUCUUUGACAACAAGCGGACAUGGUGAGAGUCAGACAAUGCAACACAUAACAGUCUGAUCAAUUUUUCACAUUUCUAUCCCCGUUUAUCCAAGAUAUUUGCAGACCACUGAUACAGCAGGAAAAAAAGCCCUCACUAUGUUGAUUGUCUAUCAAUUCUGCACAAUAAUGACUACAGAAGGGUACAUCAAAUAAAGGGGAAAAAACCUAGCGUAAAAUAACAAGCAUAAUGAUACAAUGAACGACAUCAGAACUUUUAGCCCAGAAUGUGUGGUAUGUGUUUUUAUGUUUUCUUUGUUUUAUUCUUGUCUGUGUUUUUCAGGCUUCUGUUGUGUCUAUUAUGGUUUCUGCUCUUUAUUUUUCUGUGCAGCACUUUAGUAAACAUGGUGAAAAUGUGUUUUUACAAAUAAAGAUAUAAUACCCCUAUAAAAGACAAACAGGUCUAAAAUCAACCACCCUUCCUCUGCCAAAUGCUCACACACACUCUCUUUUUCCUCUCGGCUUCUGUAGGCAGUGGCUCCCACGGGACAAGGUGACACGCUUGGGUGUGGACGACACAGCAGACAAGCUGCGCAUAAUGGAGGGCCGCAAGUCCAGCAUCCGCAAGUCGGUCCAGGUGGCGUACGACCGAGCCAUGAUCCACCAGAGCAGGGUCAGCCACAACCACGGCUUUGUGGCCUCUAACUACCUGUAGAGGGCGACAGCGAGCCCUGUCUGCACUCUCAGUCAGCCACUAUGCAUUUCUCCUUCGUCUUAAAGCAGCAGGUGGGCAGAGUCCUGCUGCCAGCUGAAUCUGUAUUCACACUGUGGUCUGAAGAGGUUGCCGUGGCAGCACAGAGGCCUGAACUGUAGUUCUUUACCAAACCACUAGUGUGCGACACACAGAGCUGUGCUGAAUGCCUUUAUGUCCUGGUUGUUGAUGUGGAGCUCCAGUGAAUGAAGUCACCUUUAGGUCUCACGUUGCUGUGGUCAAUAAGUGUUCAAGCACUGACCAGGUGUGUAUCAAGGUACCUGUUUAUUUCACCUGGAUGUGCCGCAGGUGUGUGUGUGUCAGGAUCAAGUGUAAAAGAAUUCCCCUUUAUUUUGUAUAAUGCUACUGCCAAGGAAUCAAAUUGUCAGAAAAGAGAUUUGACAUAUUUAUAUGAGCGCAGAAGACUUAUGAAUGGAUCACUGCCAUCUUUUAUACAAUAGCUUUUUACAUUUUAAUCUUUUACAAAGACACUUGUAUAUUAUAAAAGGCACACUUUUGUGUACAUAUGUACGUGUAUUAUCAAACCCAAUUUAAUUUAAUGUUGCUGUUUUUAAAAUGCGUAUUUCAAUCAACCCACCAGGGGCAAAGCGAGGCUGUGUAUAUUUGUGAACAUAAAAUAAUUCCUGACUUGCUGCAACUUCUUAGCUUGUCUCUGAUGUAAUUUCAUUGUGCUGUGUGUGUAAGUGAGUGUGUGUGUACAUUCAGAGCAUACAACACAAUGAGCCAUUGUUCUUUAUAUUUGAAUUCUCUUUUUGAUACAGAGAGAAAUAAUUUAUUUAUGGAAGACAGAAUUAUAGAAAUAAAGCUAUAUUGGUUUUAAGUGGAGAAUUAAAUCUUAUUUAAAGCAGAGUGAGGUUUUAAAAACAUGCAGCCAGCAUUUUAACAGACAGGUUCUCACAUGUUCGGUUUUGAUGUUGAUGGUUGAAGUCGAGAUCAACCACCUUCAUUCACAUUUGACCCCCCAGAAGAUUCUAUUUAUUGUCCAGAGCCCCAUUUUAUCAAAUGGAAACAUACACCUUUAUAAGCUUGUACUACCUGCAUAUUUUACCUGCUCACCAAAUAUUUUGUCUGAACCAGUAUUUCCACAUUUUGGGAAUAAAUGCUCUAUUAAAGACCUUUUGGAAUACUUCA